UUUAUUUUGAAGGCAGCCCGUUGAAACGGAAAUUGUUGCGCUGGGUCAUGUGGCUAGCGUUUAGCGUUUCCUUUCCAUUAGCAAAGUUGUAGAUUGCAAGAAGUUCUUCGCGAGUAUACAUUUGAGCACACCAGUACAAAGGGAUUACACACAUAUAAAGCACGCUUUCCAUUGCCAUCGAAGCGUUACACCACUUCUCCUGCACCAGGGCCCAAACAGAGCCCCCUACAUGGUGGGCUCCCAGGGAGCUCUUUACUGAUCGGACAGCAAGCUGCAUGCUUGCGGCUGGCUCAGCUGAAAGCCCACCUUGCGUUGACACAGAUAAAUAACGCUAUUGCUAUUGGUGGCCGAACCAAUACACGCGCCCCAUUUAUAUCCACAACACCCCCCUUUCCUGACAGCUGCAGCCAUCAGUCUACUAAACCUUCUGAAGGUUGCUAACACCAUGUCCCAUCCCUUAUAUAACCUCUAUGCCUCUGGGAAACAAAGUUCAGCCCAGGGGCGCUAUGGACAGUCGAGUAUGCAGGCAGAGAGAGACUCUCAUAAGACAUCUCCUCAUCUUGGGCCUGGGUCCAGCUUUAGCUCUUCUGGACUUUCAUCUGCGACUCCUGCAAAAUCUGGAGGAACAAUCCCAUCACGGCUAACUAUGCCAAUGAGCUGCAGGCCAGAAGGGAGUAAGACUUCAAUGGAAGAGGACAUAAAGAGGUCCAAACCUGUGGGCUCUGCAGAGUCUACUUCAGAAACAGCUGUGAACAUCCUUAUGCAAUUUGGACUUGAAAAAGAGGACCUGGAACAUCCGAUCUCAUACUCUGAAGAUCAGAUCACUCCUGACAAUCUGCCUUUUACCUUAGAAGUGACAAGGAAUAUCCCAGUGCUGGCCCAGAUGCAAGACUACACUGCCACUUCACCUAGGGUCUUUCCGCAUACCUGCUCUCUGUGUAACAAGGAAUGUAAUCAGAUGAAGGAUUGGGUCUCCCACCAGAAUACCAGCCGUCACAUCGAGAACUGCAAACUUCUGCGAAAGCAAUACCCAGAGUGGAACGGUGAAAUAGCAUCACCGCUAGGUGCGUCAGGUGCCAAGCCCUCUCCCUCAACUUCUGCUGAGACUUCCCAGAAGAAAACCAGACAUGAGAGUCGUUCCCGUUCCUGCAGCCCCCGCAGUCAUCGUGACUCAGAGCGUAGCAGCGACAGGCGAAGUAGGCGUUCCCGCUCCCGCAGCCAUCGUGACUCGGAGCGAAGAAGAAAUAGACGAAGUAGGCGUUCCCGCUCUCGCAGCCAUCGUGACUCGGAGCGAAGAAGAAAUAGACGAAGUAGGCGUUCCCGCUCCCGCAGCCAUCGUGACUCGGAGCGAAGAAGAAAUAGACGAAGUAGCCGUUCCCGCUCUCGCAGCCCACGUCGCCGCCGUGACUUGGAGCAUAGGAGGAACAGUCAUUCCUGUUCUCAAUCACGCAGCCCCCGAAGGGAGAGACACAGAAGCCAAUCACGAUCUCUGUACAGGUCCAGACAGAAUCGCAGGUCCCGGUCUCAUUCUGACUCCUCAUGGUAUGACCGUCCUUCCUCUUCACGAUAUCGAUCACGCUCAAGGUGCCGCGAGAGACGAUCCUCACCGAGAAGAAGAGAUGAGAAACGUUCAUCACCGAGGAGAAGCUGGGAGAGGCGAUCGUCGACUGAGAGGUCAUCUCCUAGGCGAAAGAAGUCGAGCAGCUCAAAGAUCUUGGCAAAGAAACUGCCGGAAACAUCAGCUCUCCAGUCCUUAUCAAAACAGUCUGACCUGGAGACUGUCGUCAAAACUUUGGCUCCUGCCCUGCUGGCUCAGCUAGUCAAGAUGAAGUCGUCCCCAUCAACAUCAUCAUCAUCUUCCUCACGUUCUGCAUCUCCAGAAACAACUAAAGGGACGCCUAGCACAGAGAAGACAAAGGCUGGUAAAUCUUCCCCUCCGACCAUGGUGAGGCUACAAGGGACUGAAGCUGCGGUGGCACCUAAAAAUACAGCCAAGGCUACGGAGGCUGUUGAACCAAUUAAAGGUGCUGCAGUUGACGACUCUGUGACUGCAGAGAAGAUCUCAAAGGAUCAGCCGGUCGCUGUUACCCACCCAACAUUUUGGGAGCGGAUACAAGAGCAACUGAGUCCAGAAAGAAUCCGUUGUCUCAAGACAGUCAAACUUCCCAAUUUAAAGCUUGUUUUGCUUGAUUACAAGGUGCUGUUAAUAAGCAACCUGCCAGAGUAUCACGAUGGCUGUUACGCAGAGGAGGACAUCGCCGGUCUGCUCACUCGACACAGAUUUGAAUAUUACGACGACACGAUCUACGUUAUACCACAGGCACGCAUGGCUUUUGCCCUCAUGCCGACAGCAGUGGCAGCUAAAAACAUCGUGCUAGCAUCAGAAAAACAUGAUUUUAUUCUCAACGGGUCUAAACUUCGACUGCAGGUUGAGAAGGGCAACAUUUUAAUGACGCCGCUUGAGUUUUAUAAGUCUCUGAUGAAACGGCUAUGCUAUCAAGUGACUGACAAUGGAGCACGAAUAAUCUACAUCAGGAACAUCUCGCCAGGCGAGUCCCGGGAUCUCAGAGAAGCUUUGAAAAAAAUGGAUUGUGUAAGAAACUACCUGCCUCUACUCAACAAGGUGUUUAUCGAAUUUCAGUCUCUUCGUGAUGCUGAUCGCCUUGGCGUUUGGUACAGCCUUCUAAAACGGGCCACCGGCCACAAAUUGUCAAGGCUGAAAAUACCACACAGUGGAUGUACCUCACUGCCACCAAGAUUGCCAGACAAGGCUUUGCCAGACAGCGAGGUUGCUGUUGAUGGUGCAACUGUCCCAACAGAAGAUAUUACCGUCCCACAACGCAGCACUUCACCAUAUUGGAUCACAAUGACAACUAGUCCCUUUGUGUUCCCCACUGUCUCUCCUUGGUUCACAAUCCCAGAGUAUUUAACUGUCAGUGAACCUGAUGACAUUGAGAAAGCCCAAUCUCAAGGUUCUACGUUCUCCACGAUCAUGUUGACCGGUUUGCCAGAAGGAAACUACAGACAGGAGGAUGUCACCAAGCUGGUGUGGCGUUACUUCCCUGAUCAGACGGUUCAGACUCUGUACUACAACAUAAUCGUUUUAUCACUGCAGAGGAGGGCCUUUGUGUUUUUUAACAGCUGGGAUGCGUGCUGCGAUUUCGCCAGAGAUUACCUCAAAAAUCCAGUUACUGUUGGAGAGUGGACGCUCAGAAUCCACAUUGUUUUACAAGACAUGCUUCCUGGUUCAAGUGAGGAGAGCAUGUAUAGAAGCAUGAUGAAAUGGAGCAACACUCAUGUUCCAGAGUCUGAGGCUCUGGAGGACCGGCUGCUGAGUGUGGAGGUCUCCGAGGUGAAUGUGGACCUUCUCAUGAUGAUCAUGGAAGCGGUGGCGUCCAUUGCUGCUUUUGUCAGAUUCUUGCCGCUUGCCAACAGGAUAUGCAUUGAGAUGGCCGAACCUGGUGGAUUAACACAGGUGAUGGAGAGCAAUGUCACCAAGGACUAUUUAUCUUCUUGGAGUAAAGCUGGACGUAUUGAGUCUUUGAAGAGCCUGAAACAGCGUCUGCAAGACUCUGGUGAGAACAAAGUUCACCUCAAAAUGAAAACCAAGAAGACCGCAGAAUCGACUGAUGCAGUGACCAAAGGUGACUGCCAGGCGGAGAGCCAGAGGACCGAGGAGGAAGCAGUGACCCAGCCCGAUGCUGCAGCCGCCCCUGCUGGACAGCAGCCAGAGCCCAAGUGUCCUGAUGACGAGACACAGGAGGGAGAGGAGAAGGAUGGAUGGAGCAUGGCCGACAUUAAAGUUGUGGGUAAACGCAGGAGGGAGCUUGUCGGACCUGAGGCAAAGCGAUCUCGCGCUCAGUCUCCGUGUGUUGUAGCAGAUUUCAGACUGCCUCAGUUCAACCCUAACAGCCCCAUCGGUCAGGAGUUUGUGGUCCCUAAAUCAGGAUUUUUCUGUAACAUCUGCUCUGUUUUCUGCCUGAAUGAGAAGACCGCCAAGGAACUCCACUGCUGCAGCCAGAAACACUACGACAACCUGCAGAAGUAUUAUGAGGAACGUCGACAAAGAGCUACAAAAACUUUGUCUCACACGUCUCCAGGCUCCGUUUCUGACUGAUGGACCUGAUCUACUGGAGAACAAGCCAUUGUUAUUGAUCCUACUAGUUCAGAAACUAAACUAAUCGCCUUCUGGCACCUUUUGUUGUAAGUUAUAUAUGUCUUCUUUGAUGAAUUGUCUCCCAGCCUUUCAGUUAGUGCUUCUGUUUUUGUUUGUACAGGCCGAUGGAGAGCACCGUUUUGAUCUUGUUACUAUUUUAUCUUUUAUGUGAAAAUAUUAUUGAGAAAUUGUCCCUAUUAAUUUAGUUAACAUCAGGAGGUACCUGACAGCUGUUAACAGUUUACUAAAUCUUUUUUUUUUUUUUUUUGCUCAUUUAGAUCUUUGGCUUCAGUUUCUUUAAGUGUCCAAUAUGUGUUUGCUGCUGUUCUGUUAAACAUGAAAUAAAACCUGUCACAUGUGUGUCAUA